CGUCGCCCCGCACCAAAUCGCCUUGGCCAUGUCCGAGACCGCGCCCGCCGCGCCUGCCGCCCCGGCCCCGGCCGAGAAGACGCCCGUGAAGAAGAAGCCCCGCAAGUCUGCGGGCGCCGCCAAGCGCAAGGCGUCCGGGCCCCCCGUGUCCGAGCUGAUCACCAAGGCGGUGGCCGCGUCCAAGGAGCGCAACGGCGUGUCCCUGGCGGCGCUCAAGAAGGUGCUGGCGGCUGCCGGCUACGACGUGGAGAAGAACAACAGCCGCAUCAAGCUGGGGCUCAAGAGCCUGGUGAGCAAGGGCACCCUGGUGCAGACCAAGGGCACCGGCGCCUCGGGCUCCUUCAAGCUCAACAAGAAGGCCGCCUCCGGGGAGGCCAAGCCCAAAGCCAAGAAGGCGGGCGCCGCCAAGCCCAAGAAAGCUGCGGGCGCAGCCAAGAAGGCCAAGAAAGCCUCCGGGUCCGCCACCCCUAAGAAGAGUGCGAAGAGGACCCCCAAGAAGGCCAAGAAGCCCGCAUCGGCUGCAGGAGCCAAAAAGGCCAAGAGCCCGAAGAAGGCGAAAGCGGCAAAACCCAAGAAAGCCCCCAAGAGCCCAGCCAAGGCCAAAGCGGUGAAGCCCAAGGCGGCUAAACCCAAGGCCGCCAAGCCCAAGGCAGCCAAACCAAAGAAGGCGGCAGCCAAGAAGAAAUAGGAAGUUUUUCUUUGGCCAACUGCAUAGAAAGAAGCCCCAACAACCCAAAGGCUCUUUUCAGAGCCACCCACCGACCUCACCAAAAGAGCUGUUGCACUUGGGU